AUGAGCCCUCGGUGCUUAUCAAUCCCCACUCAUUGUAAUUGUAGGCAGCCACCGCAUGGAAAGGACUGGAAGGCUAGGCAAAAGGAUUACUGUCAGGAGCACCAUGCUGAGUUGGAGAUGUGGAAUAAUAGGUUAGACCAUAUUAUUCUUGUUGGAGAGGCGGACCCUCAUGAGUAUGCGUACCCUGUCGAUGAUCCUUAUGUCAGUUGGUAUGAUAGGAUCACGAAACAAUAUAUUAGUCAACUAGGUGGAGGCGCGGACAAGGCGAUGAGAUUGUUUGAGAGGCUAAGGACAGUGCAGACAAUAGAGGAUAUUGACUUAGAUGAGUUUCGAUCUAUUGGGGAGGAAGGAGUUGAAGCGAUGACAUAUUUGGAGAAGUGGUUGCGCAAGAGGCCUCCAAUGGAGCCUAACCAGCCUCAAGCAGAAGGCGUGAAUGUGGCGGAAGAGGUUGACCUCUUACACGAGCUUGCGAUAGAGAUGGAAAAUGCUGCAGCGCAAGAGCCGGUGGAUCCAUUCAUACACAAUGAUGCCAUACCGGAUACAGUGGAUGCCGGGACUACUUCUGCAUCGCAAGAUGCAGAUGGGGGUUCUGUGUCUUCCUCCUUUACGACAAAUUUAAGGAGUGUGUCAAGCUACCCAUUCAUGCCUAUGUUUCAAAGUACUUCUCCGCUGCCGAUUCACACUGAUAUGCCUUUUGACUCUCAAAAUUGGUUCGAUUGCCCUUUGCAAAAUGUAGGAGGUCUGGACACAACUUUUCUUGGCAUGCCAGUGUUAAAGAAGAAGGAGACAUUGGACGGGGAUGAUGGUGGCAGUUCAGAUGCACCUCAGUUGAGAGAUGACUUAGUGGGUACAGGCGGUCACCCCACGGUGGAAGGGGAUGCAAAGGUGCAUGCAGAGCUCGAUGUUCAGGGCAAGUAGGGU